AUGACAGGAAAAUAUAAAAGGAGGUCUGUAGCUUGUGUUGGAGAAGACAGAAUCAGUAACUUGCCAGAUCACUUGAUAGCCUCAAUCUUAGAGCGGGUCCCUGUUCAAGAUGCUGUAAAAACAAGCAUUAUAUCAAAAAUAUGGAGGUACAGAUGGACCGAAAUGAGGGCACUGGUUUUUGAUAACUACUUCUCAAAAAAGAUGGCAAAAAACAAAGCUUUUGGUCAUAAUGGGUUUAUAAGGAGAAGCAUUAUAUCUAAAAACUUGAGUUUUGACCCUUCACAAGGGUCCUAUCUUGAAAUUUCAUCUCAUCUCCAUAUACCAGACAUUUCUCUUGAUAGCUUCCAAGAAGUCGAUCAAUGGAUGCUACUCUUAUCAAGAAACGGAGUCAAGGAGCUCAAUCUUACCACUUCAAAUCUAUGUUAUGAACUUCCUUCGUAUGUGUUUCUUUGUCUAGAAUUGAAAAAGUUGAAACUGAAAAACUGUUUCUUUAAACCACCACUUAAUUUUGAAGGAUUUCUAAAUCUUAAAGAUCUUUUUCUCCGACGUAUCGACUUUGGGGCUAACUUGUGUGGAGCUAAGAUCAACCUACCACAACUUAAGCAGUUGUCUCUUCAUAAGUGCACAAACGUUUACAAUUUCAACAUUAAGCUUACAAAACUGCAAAAUUUGACUGUCAUUGCUUGUCCUGAUGCCAUGUUGACCACAAUGUUAAGUAACAUGACUAGAAUUAAAUGUUUUUUCGUCGAUGCUCAGUUUCUUAAGAUUUUUACAGCAGAAAAUAUUCCAAAGUGGUUUCCGCAUCCGGUUAAUAGUUUAAAGCAAGUCACCAAAUCUAAAGACACUGGGGAUGCCCUUGCAAAUGGAGAGCCUCGAGUGGAUGUGGGACCUGCUUCAAAUUAUUUCGAAUCCCCAAACUUGGACUGUACAUUGGAUCGAUUGCAAACUGUUGAGAUAAGAUAUUUAGAAGGAUCAAAACCAGACCUGCUUUUUAUAAAGCUUCUUCUUGCUCAUUCCCCUUCUCUUCAGAAGUUUAACCUUAGACCAAGUGAAGCUUCUGAUGUUCAAAAAAGACUUGACAUUGCAGUGGAUAUUAUGCAGUUUCCUCAACCCUCAACAAAAGCAAAAAUGUUCUACUUGAAUCCCAAUCUGUAA